AUGAGCAAAGCACAAGUGACCCUGGACUGGGCAAAAGACACGCCAUGUCGCAACAUUACGAUCCACGGUUUCUGCAAGUUCCAGGACAAAGGGUGUAUGUUCAAGCACGAAAGCUCGCCAAAGACGCCAGCGCCCACGGUGCUUGCGCGCCCCGCGUCCGCGGCAGUGCUGACUCCGCCAUCCAGCGCGGCACAGCUCGUGUCGAGCGCGGCGGCCUUGAAAAAGAAGUUCAGUGCUGAUGCGCCCGCGUUUCUCCCAACCACAUCCGCGAACUCCAGCACCACGUCGUUCGUGAAGUCUCCUAAGGUUGACGCCCCCCUGCUCCAGCUCACCUCGGAGGAAAAACGCUUCAACAUCGAAAGCCCAAUCUUUACCCCGGGUGGCUCCAACCCGUACGCUCCCAAGCCUGGCACACCCGUCAACCCCUACGCGCCCGCAUCUGCGGACAUGUACUUCCAGGCCCCCACGACGUACCCGUUGCAGUACCAUUUGUAUGCGCCCGCGCCACCGCCGCACCUCCAGUUACCGCUCCAGCCAUACGAGACAAACGCACACGCGAUGUUCAUCGCGGGCGACUUGCGCGAGCAUGCACAAAAAAGGAACGCGGCCAUUUUGCAGGUUUUGCCACACUCCAACUUGCCGGAGGGUGUGAACGCGUAUCACUCGCUCGUGCCGAUCGAUACACAUGCGGAACGCUCUGCACGCAACUUUGGCCACCCGUCCGCGUUGUAUAAAGUGUUUUCCACCACCAAUGGCAAUGUCUAUGCGUUGCGCCGCGUGGAGGGCGUCAACGUCACCAGCGAGCGCGCUAUCAGCGACGUGCAAGCGUGGCGCAGCGUCGUGUGCGCGAACGUGGUGCAGUUCCACGAGGCAUUCACCAGUCGCGCGUUCGGCGACAACUCCGUCUUUUUCGCGUACGAUUACUAUCCGCUUGCCACCACCUUGCGUGAGGCGCACGUGAGCCCCGUUGCUGCGAAGGUCGUUCCCAUCACAGAAGCCUUGUUGUGGUCGUAUUGUGUCCAGCUCACGAACGCGCUCACCGCGAUCCACGAGAAGAAUUUAGCCGCCAGGGUGUUGGAUAUGGACAAGGUUAUCAUUACAACCCGCAACCGGGUUCGUUUGGCGGGAUGUGCGGUCUUGGAUGUUCUCAGAUACGAGGAGGAAGACAUCGCGACGUUACAGAAACAAGACAUUGAAAAGUUUGGCGCGUUGAUGCUCGAGCUCGCGGCUUACACCUUGCCCGUCACGCUGCGUGGCGUGGAAGCAUUGGAGGGCUUGGCAUUCUCGCAGGAGUUUAAGGACUGCGUGCGGUACCUCUUGAGCGGUAGCGCGAACUUGCACGAGUUCACACGCAUGAUCGCACCGCGUGCGUUGGCCGCGGUCGAUAGCUUAGCAUGUGCGGCAGACUUCAUGGAAGGCCAGCUCCUGUCUGAAUUGGAAAAUGCACGUCUUGUGCGCCUAUUGGCCAAGCUCGGCUUCAUCAACGAGCGGCCCGAAUAUGACAAUGACCCCGCGUGGUCUGAAACCGGCGACCGCUACCCCUUGCGCUUGUUCCGCGACUAUGUGUUCCACCAGAUCGAUGAGCGCUCGGGAAGGCCUGUCAUUGACUUGUCCCACGUGAUUACGUGCCUUAAUAAACUUGAUGCCGGUGUGGAUGAGAAGAUUUUGCUCGUCAGUAACGAUGAGCAGAGCUGUAUCAUUGCGUCAUACAAGGAGCUCCAUGACUUGAUUGACAAGACGUUCAGGGAUUUGAGCAGGAACUAG